AGGACAAUUGAGGACGUGCGCGCUGCCGUUCCCAUGGCCGCCAUGGAGGCGAUGGCGUCCGCUGUUCGCGGACUGAGGCUUUGGCGGGUUACUCCAAGCGGUGGGGCCAGCCGGAGAUGUGUAGCAACUUCGCCAGCUGCUCAGCUGUCAUUGACUGAAAUGACAGAAAUGCGGAAUGAUCUCUUUAAUAAAGAGAAAAAAAGACAGUUAUCAUUAACUCCCCGAACUGAGAAGAUUGAAGUUAAACAUGUUGGGAAAACUGACCCCGGCACUGUCUUUGUUAUGAAUAAAAACAUUUCAACUCCUUACAGUUGUGCCAUGCAUUUAAGUGAAUGGUACUGCAGGAAGUCUAUUCUGGCUCUUGUGGAUGGACAACCUUGGGACAUGUAUAAACCUUUGACCAAGUCCUGUGAAAUUAAAUUUCUUACAUUCAAAGACUGUGAUCCAACAGAAGUGAAUAAGGCUUACUGGCGCUCUUGUGCCAUGAUGAUGGGCUGUGUCGUGGAGAGGGCAUUCAAAGACGAGUAUGUGGUCAGUUUGGUCAGAGCUCCAGAGGUGCCUGUAAUUGCCGGAGCCUUUUGCUAUGAUGUCGUUUUGGAUAAGAGACUGGAUGAGUGGAUUCCAACAAAAGAGAACCUACGUUCCUUCACAAAAGAUGCUCAUGCUUUAAUUUACAAAGAUCUGCCAUUUGAAACUCUGGAAGUUGAAGCAAAAGUGGCAUUAGAAAUAUUUCAACACAACAAGUACAAAAUAGAUUUUAUAGAAGAGAAGGCAUCUCAGAACCCUGAGAGAACAGUCAAGCUACACAGAAUCGGAGACUUCAUUGAUGUGAGUGAGGGUCCUCUUAUUCCACGAACGAGCGUUUGUUUCCAGUAUGAAGUGUCAGCAGUUCAUAGCCUUCAACCCACUCAGCCACGUCUUGUUAGAAGAUUCCAGGGCCUGUCCUUACCUGUUCACUUAAGAGCACAUUUUACCAUAUGGGAUAAGCUAUUAGAAAGAUCUCGGAAAAUGGUAACUGAAGAUCAAACUAAACCAACAGAGGAAAGUGCAUCUACCUAAAAACUUUUAAAAAUUUAAAUGUGUACAGUAACUUAAAAUAAAAGAUUUUAAUAUAA